UAAUGGAUUCCCUGCUUUGUAACGCUGGCUGUUGAAUGUUGACCAUCUCUGCCUGCAAAAAAUAUUAGUUCAACUAUUCAAACUUCAAACAAAGCAUUUUACCUUCACCUGUUAAAGAGUUUCACAGUCGAUGGCUGAAGCUGUACUUAGUUUUGUUAGUGUGAUCUUGGAUAAGAUACUUCCACUUGCUGCCGAUGAGAUCAGCCGGGCAUGGGGUGUAAAGAAAGACCUUCAGAAGCUUGCCGACAAUGUACGGACGAUGGAAGCUUUGAUUUUUGAUGCUGAAUGCAAGCAAUCAACAACCAAAGCCACCAAAGCCGUGCAGCUCUGGCUCAAAAGGCUCCGGUCUAUAGCACGUGAUGCUGAGAUCGUGUUGGAUGACUUCAGAUAUGAAGUUCUGCGGCAGAAGGUUAAGAAUCGGAAGCGCGACAAGGUACGCAACUUCUUUUCUUCCUCAAAUCCUAUUUCCUUUCGUAUAGAGAUGGCUAACAAGAUCAAGAAUGUUAGCGCAUCUCUAGAGGAAGCUUACAGAAAAGCAAAUCAGAUAGGGCUUCAACCAGCUCAACUACCCAUGACAUCUGCUGAUCGCAAACAGGAUCGGUCGACUGAUCCUUUUGUGGACGAGUCACAAACGGUGGGAAGGGAGGCUGAGGUAUCUGAAGUUGUGAGCUUGUUAAUUAGCUCAGACUAUGAGAAGGAUUUACCCGUCAUCUCAAUAGUUGGGAUGGGUGGCCAGGGUAAAACAACCCUUGCACAGAUGGUGCUAAAAAAUGAGAGUGUAACGAAGCAUUUUGAUAAAAAAAUAUGGGUUUGCGUGUCUGAUGAUUUCAAAGUGGAGAGGCUGUUGAACGAGAUGCUUCAAUCCCUUGGGGAAAAGAAUGCUGAGACGACAAACAGGGAAGCAUUGGUGAGGAAGCUUCAAGAAAAUCUGAAAGGUAAAAGUUGUUUGCUUGUGCUUGAUGAUAUUUGGAAUGAGGAUCCACUGAAAUGGGAUAGCAUGAGGAUAUGUCUGUUGGCAAUAGGGGGUGCUCCAGGAAGCAAAAUAUUGGCUACCACACGUAGUGAUGAGGUAGCCUCAGCAAUGCAAACAUCUGGUUUGCAUCAUCUAGACAUCCUCUCAGAUGAUCAUAGCUGGAUGCUGUUUGAAAAACUAGCUUUUGCAGACGGUGGUGCAAGAAAGACUCAAGAUCUGGUGGACAUUGGCAGAAGGAUACUGAAAAAGUGUGGCGGCGUGCCAUUAGCGAUCAAAGUGAUUGGGGGUUUGUUGUAUUCCAAAAAUGAUGCCUCAGAAUGGUUGAAGCUUGAGAAGAGUGAAAUAUGGAACGAGUCGGCCAAUAUUGCAAAUCGAGUCAUGUCUGCCUUGAAGCUCAGUUACGACAACUUACCUUCAUGGUCAGUGAAACAAUGCUUUGCAAGUUGUUCCAUCUUCCCGAAGGACGCUGACAUGGAAAAAGAAAAGCUUGAUACAGAUUUGAUGGCCCAGGGAUUGAUUAAUGAUGCCAAGGGGGGAGGAGGUCAUUUGCAAAUGGAGGAUAUAGGCAGCGACUACUUCAACAUAUUGCUUCGGAGUUCUUUGUUGCAAGCUGGUUAUAAGAAUUCCUUUAAUGAAAUCGAGCGCUGUCGGAUGCACGACCUUGUGCAUGAUCUUUCACUGCAAGUGUCAAAUAAUCGUUUCUUCAAUACAGAGGAUGGCAUGGAAGUCAGUCAUGAUGAUGAAGUUAUGCAUUUGACCAUCAUUGGGAGUCAAGGGAAGGUGUUAAAGAAUAUCGAAGGGAUUCCUCCAAAUUUACAAACGCUUUAUUAUCGUGGGGGUGAUGGUAGUAUGCUCGAAGACAUCUUGGAAAGGUCUAGAUACCUUUGUGUGUUAAUAGUAGACUGCGAGGAUGUUACUCAUCUCCCGAAUGCAGUGGGUGAUAUGAAACAUUUAAGACAUCUUGAUAUCAGUCGAACUGGUAUCACCGCUCUGCCAGAUUCGGUCACAAAGCUCUACAAUUUGAUGACCUUGAAAGUACGUUGCUUGGAAGAGAUACCUAAGAAGUUUUGCAAUUUAAUUAACUUGAGGGAUUUCGAGUUUUCUAUGGAGGAGGACGGAUGUUUGUUCCCUGGAAUCGGGCAGCUGGCUAAUCUACGGACGUUGCCCCCCUUCAGGGUAAGCCAAGACAAUGGAUGCCAACUUGAGGAGUUGGAACACUUGCGCCACCUCGGAGGCGAGUUAAGAAUCUAUGGACUCGAAAAUGUGAGCAGCUUUGAAUCCGCAGCAAAAGCAAAGUUGUCCGAAAAAUCAAGCAUUCAAAGUUUAAGACUUUCAUGGGAUGGCACGAAAGAAGAUUGCGACGACAACAAUAUCAACAGUGUCAUGGAAGGUCUCCAACCUCACCCAGACUUGAAAAGUUUAGCCAUUUGGCGUUUCGAAGGUUCAAGGUUGCCGUCGUGGAUGGUGGCAAAGGAUCACUUGACGGUACUUCGGAAUUUGGUGCACCUCAAGUUGAGCAUGUUGGGCAAGUGUGAACAAGUACCACCACUAGGGGACUUGCCUUGUCUCGAGUCCAUAAAGAUCGUCUCCUUACACAAUGUGAAGCGCAUUGGGGCUGAAUUCUAUGGUCUCCUUGCACAUCUCGAUAUUAAUGCAAGGAGCAGCGCUUCUUGUAGUAGCAGCACCAGUAGCAGAGAGGCGAAACCAAUCACUCUGUUUCCAAAACUAAGGCGUUUUGUGCUGCAGGACAUGGGAAGUCUGGAGGAGUGGUCAGAUGCAAUGGUUCCCUCGGAUUCUUCUUCAUCAAUUAAGGUAUUCCCUAGUCUCCGGAACUUGGAAAUCGAAGGGCUCCCCAAGUUGGCUUUUUUACCAGAUAUGGAGAACUUAACGUCUGUUACGGAGUUGAGGAUAAGGGAAUGCAGAAGUUUGGCUUGUCUAAGGAAUUUGAAUAGCCUCACAUCUCUUGAAUCCUUAGUCUUAGGAGGCUGCCCUGCUUUAUUAGAUGCUUCUCUGGAUAUGAAAAACCCCCAAUCCCUACGUACACUAAGCAUCUCAGGAUGUGAUAAGUUGAAUCCUUCAUUGAGUAAUAAUCUUGAGAAGUUCACAUCGCUCGAGCGGUUGACGAUCCAUUCUCAUGACCCUGGUUGUUGGCCAAGUAUGGUUCUACACAGUCUAGCCAACCUCCGUGAGUUGGAACUCGGUGGCUUCUCUGACGACCUUGAUCAUUUCCCGUGGCCACACUCCAUCACCAAUCUCGUCUCGCUGGAAACACUUGUAUUGCGUGGGUGGCCAAAAAUCACGUCUCUCCCAGACCAAAUUCAGCAUCUCUCUACCUUGAGGAUGUUAGAGAUAUGGGCGUUUGGGGGGUUGGAAGUUCUUCCAGAGUGGAUGGGCAGCCUUCGGAAUCUUCGAUACUUGGUGAUUAUUGAUUGCUCUAACCUCAGACAAUUGCCCUCUGCAGAAGCAAUACGACACCUCACCAAUUUAGAUGCACUGGGUAUCUACAGGUGUCCUCUUUUAGCAGAGAGAUGCACCGAAGGAAGUGGCGCAGAGUGGCCCAAGAUUGCACAUAUUCCCCAAGUUUGGCUGUAACUGGUCAGAAUCAAGGCAUCGUCUUCCACGUCGUGAACAGAAAAUGCUCAUCCGUCCGUCACACAAAAAAAAAAAGAAGAGCAGUUUUCUCAAACCGCCUUAUUAUUGAUACCAGGUGUCUGCUGAUUGUCUCAUUUAUUAUCUCUCCUUUGAGGUGCAUCUCUGUUUUUGUUUCAAGCUGUAACUUAUGAAGAUGGACACGAACCGGAAAAGUUGAAAGACAGAUUCAUUAAAGUAUUGAUAGACAUUUUCCUUUUUAAAUAGAAAGAUUCAUUACAUUGUCUAAAAGACUUCAAUGCACCAGGUUUUUAGUACUAGUAGUUAUAGUAGUAGACUAGUAGGUAUUUCCCUUGAGCCAAAAGUAGCCUUGCAAGCGUUGUCAGUCAUUCUGGAUUCCAGAAAUUGUUUAAUAAGGCUGCGUUUGGAUUGAUGAAUUUGGAUCUGAAGAUGAUUUUGACAAGGAUGGAAGAUUCAAAAUCCUUACCUUUGUAAUCCAAUCAUCCACUGUUUCGAUUAAUUAAUCUCCAUCUCCACCAGGAAUUUCAAA